AUUCUGUACCAUUUUCAUCUAUAAUGGCCACAUUAUCCUUGGCAUUUAAGCAAAUCUACAGAGGGAGGGAGAGAUUCAUAUAAGUGUACAAUGGUUAAGAAGAAAGAGAAAAAGAUUCAGCACUACUCCAGCUCUCAGAAGAUAUUGUUGGUUGGUGAGGGAGACUUUUCAUUUUCCGCUUGUUUGGCUAGAGCAUUUCGCUCUGCCGCUGUACAAUGGGUAAGAAGAAAGAGAAAAAGAUUCAGCACUACUCCAGCUCUCAGAAGAUAUUGUUGGUUGGUGAGGGAGACUUUUCAUUUUCUGCUUGUUUAGCUAGAGCAUUUCGCUCUGCCGCUAACAUGGUUGCAACUUCUCUUGAUUCUAAAGAUACUUUAUUGACAAAGCAUCGCAGUUGUGUACCACACUUGGAGGACUUGAAGAGAAGAGGGUGCUUGGUGCUUCAUGAAGUUGAUGUAUAUGACAUGAAACAACAUCCCACCUUAAUGUCCAUGAAAUUUGAUGUUAUCAUCUUCAAUUUCCCUCAUGCAGGCCAUUUUUCUUGGCUAUGUGAAAGAGACGAAGAGCUUAAAGAGAUGCACAAAGAGUUGGUACAAGCAUUUUUCAACAGCGCCCGUAAGAUGCUGAACAGAGAUGGGGAAGUACAUGUUGCACAUAGAGACGACUAUCCAUAUUAUGAGUGGAAGAUUGAGGAACUUUCUAAAAGAGCAGGUCUAUAUUUGAAAGAGAAAGUGGAAUUUUAUAAGGUUGACUACCCGGGCUACCACAAUAAGAGAGGUGGUGACAUCGAGUGCAACAAAACAUUCCCUCUCAAAAGCUGUUUCACCUUCAAGUUCUCUCUCCAGAAAAAAUACCGCUCAAAUGCCUGAUAAUGAUAAUCAAACAAGUGCCAAGUAACACAGUCGUUGUUGAUUAUAUGACAAGUGCAAAUUGUUCAGAGGAA